UUAAAAAGUAUCAAACUACCACUCAAAAUGAAAAAAAAAGGUAGAUCCAGAAAAUCUGAUUUAUCAGUAAUAGGAAUUUCAAAUAAAAAGGGGAAAUUAUCAUCAUCAAAUAAGAUAUUACCAAUUAAAAUGGGCAUCCACUCACAACCAAAUUUAACACUUGUCGAAAACCCAAAAUUGAGCUCUAUUUUAUCAUCAAACAGCAAAAUAAUAUUACCUAUCAAAAUGGGCCUAUACUCACAACCAAAUAAGACUUUUGUUAAAAAUGCAAUGACAAAAGAUACUAACAAUAUACCCCAAACCUUAAAAUUUACUCUUAUAAAUAAAGCACAUUCUAAUACCAAUCAAAAGGGUUGUAUUCCAUUUUUAGAAAAUUACCUACCUAGACCAAAUGUGAUAUUGGAUCAAAUUGCACAUAAAUAUAGACCUCUCAAAACUUCAUUCAAAAAAAUUCAAUCUACACAAGAUCCAAUAUUCAUUUUUCAGCCAACAACAUCGGAAUGGAAAAAAUAUCAUUCUGAAAUUUUAGGCCUAACCUUAAAUGCACCUCAAAAUUCUCAAAAUUUAACAUCCACAAACUUAGGGGAUCCCGAUAAGGUCGACCAAGUCCUAGGUGAUGGAAAUUGUUUAUUCAGAUGUAUUAGCAAGGAGAUUAGCAAUAAUGAGGAAUAUCAUGAGAUGAUCAGGAUGGCUAUUAUUUCUUUUAUGAUGCAACAUUCCAACUACUUUUCUGGAUUUAUAGGGAUAAAAACUACUGAUUACAUUGUGAAGAAUAAAAUGGGCUGCAGUGGCACAUGGGCAACAGAUGUGGAAAUUGCAUGUGUCUCAACAUUGCUUCAAACAAGAGUGUUUGUUUUUUAUAAUGACAAAUGGCUUGCCUUUGACCCUUUAUUUAUUAUUCCUGAAAUAAAAAAAUUUUUCUGUUGCAUUUAUAUAAAGAAUAAAAAUUAUCAUUAUAAUUUAGUUUUGUCCUGUAAAUGAUAUAUUUAUAUAUAUAACCAUUUUAUGAGAAUAUUUUUUUUAGUCUUAUUUUUUUACUAUAAAAGUUUUAGUUAUCUAUUUAUAUUUAUACACAAAAGUAAUUUUUAUAUUUUUUUUUACUAUAAAUACAUCUUUAUAAAUAUUUAGUCUAUAUACACAAAUAAAAGUACA